AGUAGUCAAGCUGAAACAAGUCACUUAGUAGAGUGGACGAGAUGGGCAACACGUAGCUGGAGUGAACCCGGUUAAGCUUUUAAAUAGUGAUAAAUAUAACUCAAAGCUUGUUAUGUUAUGAUUAAAGUUCCCGUUUGCAUUCAUACGUAACACAAAGCAGCUGCUGCUGGUGGCCGCACUUUUUCCAUCAGUCCCCACGUUCUCGCCGUGCAAAGUUGGCCCAGUUUUGUUUUUUUUUUUUUUUGGGAGAAGGAUGUCGGUCCCCAGCAACUCGCUCCAGCAGCCCCGGGUGAGGCGCAGCAACGCGGGCUCCCCGGGCUCGUUCGGCAACGGGGGCUGCCGGCUGCACCCGCUGCGCGCUACCGUUCCCUACCAGCUGCUGCGGGGCGGCCAGGGCAGCCCGACGCGGCCGCCCCACAGCCUCCACGGCGGGGCCCCCGCGGGCAGCCGAGGCUCCAGCCCCCCCUCGAGCCCGACCCUCCUCCUCCCAGGAAAUAAGCAGAGGCUGUCGCCCGAAAACAGGGACGCCUCCUGCCCCCCAGACUCGCCCGUUUCCAGAGCAGAAAGGUCCAAGUUGCAGAUGCGCAGCUCCAGCGCCAUCCGGCGAACCUCCUCCCUGGACGCCAUCACGGGUCCGUACCUCACGGGACAGUGGCCCCGGGAUGUCCACGGGCCUUACCCCUCCUGUAUGAAAGACAAAGCCACUCAGACUCCAGGUCUGUGGAUGGACGAGGGGGUGGACCAAGGGAGUCCUCACCAGAGGUCCGCCUCGUGGGGCAGUUCAGACCACCUCAAGGAGCAGAUCGCCAAGCUGAGGCUCCAGCGCAGCAAACAAGGAAGUCGGCAGAGCAAAGAACGAGACGUGGCGUCGGGGACGCCGCACGCCCAACAUGCUGCCGCCGCCUGUCCCUCGCAGCAUAAGGGGUCUUCUUGUUCUUUGUCCACCAAGUCGCUGAUCUGCAGAGUUCCCAGCAGCGUGGAGGCCAUCAACCACGAGCUGGAAAACGUCUUCAUCAGACAUGACUGGGAGCACGGCAUACAGGCCACGGACGCGGCAGACGGCCGCCGGGCUCCUUUUCCGCUGCAUCGGUACAGCAACAUCGGGGAGACGCGGGACACGGACACCCAGGCCCCCUCCAGCGGAGAGUCCAGUCCGUCCCCCCGACGCCGCAGCCCCCAGCACCUGCACUCCCCAGACGGAAGCCCCUCGUCGUCCGCCGAUGAUGUGGACAAAGAGGGUACGUGGGGGUCCCCGCUGCCGAAGUUCACCACGUCUCCCAAGCCCAACAACAGCUACAUGUUCAAACGAGAGCCACCGGAAGGUUGCGAGAGGGUCAAAGUCUUUGACGAGAUGCUGUGUGGUCAAUCCAAAGGCUUCCCGCUCUUCUCGUGUCCGGACAAAAACAAGGUGAACUUCAUCCCCCGAGGUUCGGCCUUCUGCCCGGUCAAGCUGCUCUGCCCGUCCCUCUUCUCGCCCGUGUCGUGCGCCGCCAGCGAUGACGCCGCCGCCGGUCUCCACGGCGACGACGCCCAGUCUCAGGAUGCCCCCGACAGGCAGGAAGCGGAGGCGCUCGGUGGCGCUUUGUCGCCGGGGAUGUAAGAGACGCUGCCACGUUAGAGAAACCACAACAAAAAGCUUUGCACUCCGUUCGUCCCAAAUUGAGAACAUGUCCACAUGCUCACUGGUAUUUUUUUUUUUUUUUUUAAACAUUUUUUCUAUGACACGCUCCACAUUCAAAUCAAAGCAAAUACAUAUUAUAUAGCGCAUUUUCUCCACAAGGUAACACGAUAUGCUUGAAUCGGAAAGACUAGUAGACGACGACUCCUGUUUGUUUUCAUGAAUGGCCUCCCACCCCGCUUAUUACCACAAUCUGUUAAUAUCAGACAUUUUAUACAUUUUCCAAUCUAUUUCGAGGUGCAGCUUCGGCAUCAGUGGCGAAAACACGACCCGGUGACGAAGCAGUCGUCACAAACAACUACGAUCCCGACGCAAUUCAAAACCGGUCUCGCCUCCACACUUUGUGCGGGGACAAGCGGAAAUAAAACGGCAACUGUUACUUAAAGGGGUGAAGACAGUUUUGAAGAUAAGACAAUGAAAACAUAUUGGCUUACUGUCGCUAAAAAAAAAAAAUAUAUACUUCCCGUUGUUAGACUCAGGACUAGGUAGCAGUUAGCAUAGUGGGAGUGACCUGCCAAUCCCCUCAUCAAAUUUCUCCCGUGUAUGUUGAAUACUACACGGUUCUCGGUCUUUGCAUGUUCUCAGCAGUGAUCAUCCAUCGUAAUUCUUUAUAAGAUUGCCUUUUUUUUUUUUUCUUGAAAUCUAAACUUGCGUUAAGAUUAAUGACUAUACUUGUACCAUUCCAGUUUUAUCGUUUGGGACCUAAGAAAGUUGAAAAAUUCUGGCAAUUCUUGUAAGAUUACCGCAAUUCCCGGCCUACAGAGCUCACCCGGUUAUAAGCCUCACCCACUCGGUACAUUUGUAAAGGAAAUGCCAUUUGGUACAUGCAUACGCUGUAGCUGCGUAAAAGCCGCAAGUGCCCACAUUGAAACAUGAGAUAUUGACAAAGAAAGAUGGUACACAGACUUUAAUGCUAUUGCUGCGCGAAUGCUAAUGCUAGCGUCGCGUUAACAGGGCCGGUUAAAAAGAGGGGGAAAAAAAAAAAAAGCAUACUGGAAAAAAUCAAGAGACACGGCAGUAACAUGCUAGCACAGCGCAAACAGGGCCGGACCGGUAAAAGUCACUUCCUCGGCAUAUAUAUUCCAUCGGUCUCACUCUUACCUUUCCCACUCGAGUGCCCCCUGUGCGGCCGUUCGAAAAUAUGCAAAAAUUAGCCGCAUCACCGCAUAAACCGCAGGGUUAAAAGCGUGUGGGGGGGAAAACGUCACGGCUCAUAGGUCGGAAAUUACAGUAGUCCUCCACAACACGUGAAAUCAUGUAGCUAAUAACUCAUGUAGCUCAAGGCACUGCGGUACUCGGAUCUAAAUGUUCUUACCUGAGCUAGUGCCUCGCUAAUGCUAACACUAGCACUGCACUAACAGGGCUGGUUAAAAAAAAAAAAAAAAAAAACAUCCCGGUAAAAAUCACUGACACACGGCAGUAACACGCUAGCACAGCGCUAACAGUGCCGGACCGGUAAAAGGCACUUCCUCGGCACAUAUAUUCCACUGGUCUCACUUUUACUUUUCCGCUCGAGUGCCCCCUUGUGGCCGUUUGAAAAACUGCACGAAUUAGCCGCUUCACUGUCUAAACCGCAGGGUUGAAAGUGUGUGGAAUAAAGUCGUGGCUUAUGGGCCGGAAAUUACAGUACUACUUUUAAAACAAAACAACUAGUAACGUUAACAAAAAAAAAAAAAAAAAAAGAUUGUCAAAAUAAUAUUUUGACAGCAUUGUGGAACAAAGCAUUUUGCCCGGUCAGAACGUUGAGCACGGGCCCUGGCAAAUGUGUGGACGUGUCCUUCGCGAGGCUUCUUCUACUUUGCUGGUUUUUGGCCCGCCGCUGUCGGAACGCGAGUCCGACCGAGGGGAUCAACGCAGCUUUGUGUCGGCCAAUCGGCUUCGCGGUAGGCAACAACACUGCUGCUCUCUCGUUCUUUCUACGUGAUGGGACAACAUCAGCGGUCACGGUUUUUUCUUUUUAAGGAUGUUUUUCCCUGCUCAUGUUUUCAACUAAAUGACACAACACACCCAUUUUUUUUUUUCUUGACAUAAAUGACCAAAAGACUGUUUGCCUCCUUGCCGUUAGCGACACAGAAUUUCCUCAUUUUUGCAAACUUUGAACUCUUAACGCAUUCCUCCGAGGUCCCGUCGCAGCGCCGAUGCCGGUCUUGCCCUCUUAAAGUGACAAAUGUUGUUAAACGGACCAAAGCAAAAAAAAAAAAAAAAAUGUGACAGACGGUCGAUACAGCUGUGUGGCGAAAGGGAGUUUUUGUUGGGUUUUGGUUUUUAAGGAAAAACCCCAAACUUACCCGGCCGCGGUACGAAAGGUGUGUCAGUGCCUCACUGAGAUUAAAGUCUGAAGAAAACGUCAUCUUAUGCGAACAAAGUUUUUCCAAGAAAUACAAAAAAAAAAAAACCUGAGGGAAAAGUUUUAAGUAAAACUAUGCAUUUUUCAAAUUUUAAAACAUAAUAGAAUAAAUUGUAUUUUAACAACUUUUUAUGAGAAAAAGAUUCAAAUUUUUUAAGACUUUUUAAAAUUAAGAGAAUUUUUUUUUUUUUUAAACAGUUUUUCUAAAUUUACUUUUUUAACUUGAGAUGACACCAAUCUCAUUUUCCCAGGGGGAAAAAAAACGAUUUUUCAAUGGGUUUUUUUUUUCCCCCCAAGAAUUGAGUUUUUUUCAAUACAAGGGUUAUGUAUACAGCCCCCUCCAAAAAAAAAAAAAAAUUUCUGGGAAGUAAUUUUUGUCAGUGGAAAAAAAUGUUUUCAGGAUGUUGAGGUUUUUUUUUUUUUUUUUUCCCCCUCAACAAAAAGCUCAAUUUCUGGGAGAGCAUAGUUUUAAUUUUGAUUUGAAUCUUUUCAUUGUUUUAAGGAAAUACUUUUUUGCAAGACAAUUUUGUCAAUAGAAGGGUUAUGUAUAGAGCAACCCCCCCCCCCCACAAAAAAAACCCAAAACUUCCUGAGAUGUAGUUUUUGUCAGAGGGGGAAAAAAAGACAUUUUUCAGAAUGUCGAGUUUUUUUUUUUUUUUUCCUCUGAACAAAAAAGCUCAAUUUCUGGAAUGGGAGAGUUUAGUUUUAAUUUGAAUAUUUUCAUUGUUAAAAAUGUUAAAAUACUUUUUUCAAAGACAACCUAUGAGGAAAAACUUUCUUCCCCCCCCCCCAAAAAAUACAUAUAUUCUACAACUUCUCAUAAGGUGACUGCUUUAUUCUUCUAUUUGUUUUCUUUGUAGGGAAGUGGUGGCUGGCAAAAUUAUUUUUUUGUCAUAAAGAAGUGUGUAUCAUGAUGUUUGCUUUGUGAAUCGAUAUUUGUAGCACAGGCGCUGAACCACGUGAAAGCACUUAUUGAUCGUUCUGAUCUUUUUUUUUUCCCCCCCCUCCUAAAAGUUGAGACCAAUUUUCAGUUGAAAAUAAUGAAAACAUGGAGGGCGUCCUGGAUGUUUUUGUUGACACGCUGACGAUUGUUAGCGAUUGCAUUCCGCCGGCCAGAUGCAUAUUUCAUAUUUACACGCAGCACGCGUUUGGACAUCUCUGGGCUUCUCCUGUCCACUCUUGACUUGUUCUUCUUUUUCCAAUAAAGGCGACCCAAGUGCA